UGGGUGAACUCAAACCUACAGGAAAUAGGACAAAAUAUCCACAUUGUGAAGCAGGACGAGAUGGUGGGACCACGUGUCAUCUUUGACCCAUCAUUCCAUUGCUGUGUUAGCUGCUUUAAAAUGUAAUACAGGUACUGGUUGACUAUUGUUUUUAAUUGAUUUUAUUGAGCCAACUGAGGAAUCAGCAUUUUUUUAUGAUUAUUUUCUCUUGAAAUAUGCCACUUAAUACAUUUGCCUAUUUAACAGCAAAAGAAAAAAACAUAUGCAAUUCUAAAAAAUAAAUAAAUAAAAAAGAUAAAAGGUCUUUUGCACCUGUAUUUCUAAUAAUUAUCUAAUAAGAAAUAUACUAUACUAGUGCAUCAUAUUUCUGUAUAGACUUUUAAGAAUGGAUAGUGUCCCAAAAACAGAACCACAAACUCCUACCUCACCUAUCAAAUCGAUGUGAUAUUUUCUUCAUAAUUUAUCUGCAAAAAGACGUACAAUUGUUGCAGCAAAUCAGACUGAGUCAUCCGUUACGUUAAAGACAUUCUCAGGGGUCUGUUUGCUUGCGUCGCACGUUCUGUAAAGCUGAUAUGGAAAAACAGAAAAGAGCUCUGUGUCUUUAAAAAAAGGGGCAGUCCUCAAAGAGCUCCGGUUGUCAAAGGAAGUGGAAGCUAUCUUUCCACUUGCAUGAGGAGCAGCUGACUCUGAACACCGAGCUGGUAAAACCUUCCACCUGCCAUAUAAUCAGCAGGGAGUUACAGGCAAGCAGAAAGUAUUAAUAGUAGAGGAGGCUGAGGAGGACGUGAUGGCGACUGGUGAGCUGAACCCCGAUCACUACCCUGCUCAGAGGGCCGCCAAGGUGGUCCAACACUACCUCAACACCCGCUACGGCUCACCGUACAGGCUGUUCGGACUGCACGGGGUCCACAGCGGGAAUGCAGAGGAUGUGGCAGACUCUGGAAGAAAGUAUCAGCUGGAGAUCUCAGUGCAGGAGUUCAUUAGCAAUAAUACAGAGAAAUGCUCCGCAGAGGUUCUGUUUCCAAGGGGAGAGCAGCAGCGCUCACCCCAGGUCCAGGCCUCAUGUGAGGAGCUUCUUAAGAUCAACACUGAAGCUCAAGAAGAGGCGUUUUACCAACAGUACAAGACAAACCAAAGCCUGCUCUCAGCAGAUUUACCUGAUAGCUACGGUAACAUUGACCCUGGCAUGGAGCCUCUCUGGCACCUGGGUGCUGUGGCCUCCAGCUACAUCAUGCUGCAUGAAUCCACUGAAAACACUCUGUACAGCAUGGCUCAGGUGACCAACAUCACGCAGCUGGCAACUGAGAACGACCAGCUGAAGUUUGACUAUCACGUACUGCUGCAUGAGAUGACGUCUCAGGAAAUCGUUCAUUGGAAACUGCUGUUCACCUGGUCUCCUUCAGAGGGCGUCAAAGUGCUGCAGAUGGAACAGCUGCCUCGCUGCCAGCACUGUGCAAAACCCCCAAACACAAACUAAACCUGCUGACACUCAUCACACGGCCACUACAACCACAGCAAAAUCUUGGUGCUCACAUCUUAUGUUCAAAUAUUGGAUCAUGAAUGUGUUUACAAAAAGGAGAUUAGCUGUUGAUGGUUGCAGCACAAACCUUUUUGAACUACAGAAAGGUGGAAUUAAUACUAUCAGGACUCAGAUUAAUCCAUUAUACCUGAUGACAUUAUAUUCUUUAAUUGUUCUGUACUUUUGGUUGCUAGAGUAUUUUAGCCUAAAUAAACUGUUUAUACAUA